AUGCUCACUCAGGUGCACAGUUGUACAUCCAGCUCAGACCCCCUUCAGAGACUCUGUCAUGGUGGUCCCACUCAGAAGGUGGCAGUGCCCAUACGAAGGCCUCUAGUCUCCACCCUGAGGAAAACCAAGGAGAGGAGUACUUUCUGGGGCAUUGAAGUAGUUGAGGCUGUCUGCUGGCAUCGAUGGUGUCUGGGAAAAGAAUUCAUCAAACAUUUAACUUUGAAAAACAUUUGUCUGAAAACCCAGAAGCUGAGGUUCAGACCACCUGCUACACGUUUCUUCACUACUAUUUUUCCACAGUCAAUUAUUCUGAGCCCUGGGAUGUCCUUAACUCUGCCUAUCAUCUUCCGACCUUUGGAAAAGAAGGAGUAUGAAGAUAGCAUCCUCUUUGAAAAACCAGAGGGAAAAUUCUCUGUUGUGUUGUGUGCUAAGCUGCCACGCUUCAGUCUGCUUUUCCCAGACAGCCUUCACCUCCCUUACUGUGCUGUCUAUGACUGCACCUGGGCUUCGUUUAUCCUGCACAACGAUGGGGAUGUACAUACGUGCUUUAGCUGGGAAGCGCCAACUCCUUUCAACUUUAUUCCUUCCCGUGGCAUGUUGGAUCCAGGACAAGAGUGCAAAAUAAAGGUGACCUUUCAACCUCAUGCAGCUCUGGUGCAUGACGUGUCAGCAACGUGCAGCUUUGGAGAAACUCAGGAGCAGAAGUCCAUGAGACUGACAGCUGUUGCCAAAUAUCCCCAUCUGGUGGUGAAUGUGCCAGGAGACUCAUGUGAAGAUGCUGGGCGUAGACACUUCCGGGAUGUGCUCUGCUUUGGCCCUGCUGCUGUUGGUAGCACUGCAGAAAGAUAUGUGGAGAUCUGCAAUAUGUCUGUGGUAAAUGCACCAUUCCGGAUUGAAAGAUCAAAGGAAUUAAUGCUUCGUGAUUGUGACUUCUGCUGUGACGUCACCCAAGCCACUGUUUCAGCUGGUGGGAAGUUUCUCAUCCCCUUGCAUUUCAGCCCACAGAUUGUGGGUAUGAAUAGUGUGGACUAUUUCACUAUUGCACCUGCUGGGAAUGUGACACAGUCUGUGCUGAAGCUGACAGGCUCAUGCAAAGGUCCUGGUGUUUCUCUUCAGCACCCCUUUGUCUACUUCAGCUGUAUUAACCUUGGGGAGAGCUUAACUCAGCCCUUAGACAUCACAAAUAUUUCGGAUGUCCCAGCCUAUUAUCAAUUUGACAUUGACUGCAGACAGAGUAUCUUUUCUUUUGACCACCCAUGUGGAAUCUUGGCUGGGAUGUCCACUGUUACACUGAAGGUGACCUUCCAGCCCAUGAAUCCCAUGAUUUAUUACCGAAGAGUGGUUUGCCUUGUACAUCACCAGGACCCAUUGUUCCUAGAUAUGUUUGGGACAUGCCACUCAGACACAAUGAAACCAGAAAUUCUGAAACUGAAGGACCUUACCCGAUAUAGGACGCACAUGGCCCGAGGACUAACAUUUUACCCACCAGAUGUCCUGGGUACCAUGCUCAAGGAAGACAAACUGCUGCUGGAUGAAAAUGGAGCUCUCACACUCCCACCAGAGAUGCUGGAGGACAAGCCACCUGAGGAAUAUCCUUCUCUUGAGCCCAUGGUUGAAUACUUCCAUGAUGGUGUCAACAGUGACCUCACUGUGUUCCCUCCUCAUGUCAAUCUGAGCAACAAUGAGUUUGAUUUUGGCUGCUGCGCAAAGCUUCAAAAUAUACAGCCACUUCCUCUCUGCCUGACCAAUUGCACAAAAGGAAAGAUCACUGUCAAAUGGACCAACAAGCCAGAGAGUCCCUUCCAGGUGGCCCCAGAGAGCUGUGACAUCCCGCCUCUGAAAUCUAUGGCUUUCUGUGUCAUUUUCCAGCCUCCUCAGCUCAACUCUUUGUAUGCAGCAGAACUAGAAGGAUUUGCCUUCUACAAGGUGUUGCGGCACUACAGCAACAUUGAAGAGCCCACCACCAUGUGCCCAUCCUGGAGCUUCACCAUCCGCUUGUGUGGACACACUUUUGAACCCGGGCGACAGCACUUCACCCCACAGUAUACUUUGGACUGCUACAAGGUCUUUCCUCCAGUCUGCCAGAACACCAACACAUAUAGCAGCAUGCUCCUGUGCAACACAGGCACCACCGCCAUAGUCUUCAACAUGAGCCUGGAGAAGUGCCCUUCUGUUCUGGUCAAGCCUCAGUCUGGGUUCAUUGCACCUGGAGCCCACCAGAUCUUUUUCCUCUCAACCUGUCCACAGGAAACAUCUGUCCUGCAGCAUAGCUUGUCCUUGCACCUCAACUUUUCUCCAUCAUUCACAAAGGAAAUCAUUCUCCAGAGCAGUGCUGAGCCCCUUGUGCUACUCUUAGAAGGUGAUGGCAGCCUCUAUUUCAAGCCCACGUGUGUGGGUCUCUCUUCCUCACACACCUUCACUAUAAAAAAUUCCACCCGGUUACCCAUGUUCUUCAGGUGGAAGAUCCAGCAAUCUGACAAAAAGUUCUUAUCUGUCCAGCCUGCUGAAGGGACUAUUCUGCCCAACGAAGCUUUGGCUCAGACGUGGACCUUCACCCCUCGUGAGGAGACAAAAUACCUUCUGCGAGCCUGGGUGACUGCGUGGAGAGAUCAAGAGACACUGGGCGACAAGUCCCCAGAGAGCGUUCGUUAUCCACUGAGGGUUAUUGGGGAGGGAGCUCUGGCCACCAUAACGGCACUAGAGGAGCAGGUGGAUGUUGGCAGUAUCUUGGUUGGCCGAACACAGUCGUGUGAACUUGUGUUAUUAAACAAUGGGGCCUGUUCCCUAAAAUACAUACUCAGCGUGGAGCAGACAAUUACUGGACCAUGUGACCCUGAAGAAUUUGCCAAUGACCCACUAGCAAUAACACUUGACCACUACAGAGGAACGAUUCCUGCUCGGGGAAAGAUCUUGUUGCAAGCAGUUCUUAGCCUGGUCCAUCGAUUGCACUACACCUGGACUGUCUUUUAUGCCCUCUCCACUGUGAAAGCCAUGGAGCCUCUUGUGGAAAAGCAACCAGUCUGUCGUGUGACAGCAACAGGCAUCUAUCCAUCCAUCUGCGUCACCGAUGUCUGUGGGACAGGCAGUGCCCGUGGCAUCAACAAGCUACAUCUUUGGCGGCUUUUUUCUCUGGAGACUCUGAAUAGGUAUCUGGAGCGAGAUCCAACUUCUCAGGAGCUCACCUUCAGAGUGCCUACCAGACACAGCACACAACGAAUCCCCACGGUUUACACUCCUGUCAUGCUGGAUUUCAACUUUGGUGCUGCUCCUGUCGGAAGUGAGCCCUCUACAGUGGUGCUGAUGCUGCAAAAUAGUGGGGCGAUGCCUGUGAACUGGGCCUUUCUGUUUCCUUCUGACCAGAAGAUAGACGUGGAAUACUGGGCAGAAAGUGCCGAGUUUGACCCCAACGAGCUGCAGCAGAUGCGGAUCCAGGAUAACCAACUUUUUAGCAUUUGCCCCAAGGCAGGAAAUCUUCUUCCAGGGCAAGUGCAAACGAUACGUCUGUCCCACAGACAUGAUUUCAUUGGCACUGACCGACUCCCAGUGUUGCUGAAGGUCUCCCACGGUCGAGAAAUUCUGCUGAAUUUUAUUGGUGUGACAUUGGAACUGGAGUACCACUACAUUCACUACACUUCAACUAAGCAUGUGUUCACACCCAUUGCUAUUGGCACUUGUGACCCUCCUAAACAGAUCUAUGAACUGUACAAUGGAGGUGCUACAAAAGUAGUUUAUGAAAUCCAGGUGGACGCUCUGAUGAAGGUUCAAGAAGAAAAUCACCAGCAUGCAGUGUUUCUCUGUUUGCAGCCAAAAGGAGAGAUUGGCCCAGGCUUGACUGCCCAUACUGAGUGGAUCUUCUCCCCACUGGAAGCCAAAAUGUACUCCGUGGAUGUGCCCAUCCACAUCCUUGAGGGAGACUCUGCUCUGAUCACCUUCCAAGGAGUAGGCUAUGAUCCACAUGUUAUGAGAGAGGCAGCACAGUUUGAUAAAGUGGUGUCUCCUGUCACAGCACCAGGAUCUGCAAAAUUAACAGUACCUGGCUUGGCAGUAUAUUUAUCUCAGCCCCAGAUUUGUUUUGGCAACAUCCCAGUAUACAGCAAAUGCAGCCGCCUCUUCUUUCUGAACAACACUUCUGAGAAGGAGGCAAUAGUUUUCACUUGGUACAUUGGGACUUCAAAUGCCACAGUGGUGUUGAACAUUGUUCCAGAGACUGGAAUUGUUCUAGCUGGGGAGAGCACCUGUUGUGUUCUCACACUACACGCGAGUGAAACCCCUUGCUUCUACGAUGUUGAUCUGGUCUGUGAGAUUUUCACACAGCGACCACUGGAUCAAUAUGAAAAAGAACUGAAAGAAUGGGAAACUGAGAAGGCUCGGCAGGCUGUGGAGUUCACAAUCACAGAAAAGGAUCUGAACAUGAAGAAGAAUGGAGAAGAACAUGCAAAGGUGCGGUACCAGCCGCCCGGGUCUGGGCCCGGGUCCGAACCCCUGGGAGACGAGUGGCACCGCUCGUUCCGCCUUGCGGAAGAGCCAGGGCAGGAUCUCCAGCUGGUCCUGAAGCUCCCAUUUCUGUCGGGUCAGGUUGUGGUUCUGCUCCUGCAGAAGACGGCGUUCCUCUUCUCGGGGACUCUUCCCCCCAUUAAAAACAACAGCGUACCUAACCCCCCUGCCAGCCGUAGCCAGAGGAGACAAAUGAGGCACAAAGAGGCCAGAAAGUUGUGGGCCAAGCCAGAGCCCCCCCUGCCCUUCCUCAUGCACUUGGGGGUCACAGCCAGGUCUCACUCAGUUGAUGAUUUCCUGGACAACUUCUCUGGUGAAUUGCCCCAGCAUUUCCUCUACCGACAACUUAAAACAACAGCAGCACGAAAUAAUGCUUCAGAUAAAACACUUCUCAGCAAUAGCAGGAACAAGCAACGAACUGCAUUGGCUCCAAGUUGGCAGGAACUAACAAACUGUUCAAAACAGGAGGCACAGCUAGUGACAGAUGUGCUGUCUACGGUGAUCAAGGGCUUGCUGGAGGAGACCCAGUUUCAUGAGGCAGUGAUGAGAAGUAUUGCAGAGCCCACACCUUACUUCUGCCAGUUCUGGAGUGAGGAGUCUGCAAAGCUGCAGGACAAGAAACAGAGUUCUGGUACCUCCCCUACCACUCCUUCCCCAGAGGUCAGGAGAGGAGAGGAAGACACUCAGAGAGAGGAGGUAUCUCCUUCAGGGACUUCAGAUGCUGUAGAGAGCCUGAGUGUCAUCAUUCGCAAGGAACACUUCCGGGAGGAGAGAGAAACCAUUCUCAGGAUGCCGGCAUAUGCAAAUCUGACAGAAAUGGUACUCGACAAUACCAUCCAGAACAUUCUGGUGGAGGCCAGUCGUGGCGAGGUGGUGCUGACUGCAAGACCCAGAAUCAUCGCACUCCCUCCUCUUCUCUGCCAAACAUUUCAGCACAAACUCCUGGUCCUUACCUUCAACAACCCCCUGGCCAAGUCAUCAUCCUUACCUUUCCUCUCUCAUUGUUCCUGCAGCUCCUUCACCCUCCUCCUUCUCAAGGACCUCCGUCAGACCGUCAUUAAUAUUGAUGUUGGCCUGGAAGAAGCGACCCCAGAGCAGUGCCCGCCCGGGCUUACCAAUUUCCCUGGGAUGCCGACGUGGACCUCCUUACCCACGCAAGCCGAGCAGCGACGGAGCCAGCGAACGGGCAGCGUCGGAACCUUGGGGCGGGUUGUACUGAGGACCACUAACCGAUUGAUAAAGGAAUGGAGUGAGGCCACCAAGGUUCAGCACUUUCGCGAAGGACUGCAUUGGGAAGUGCUGGACGGCUGCCUGACCCUGGGAGACCCAGAGUCGGUAGAGGAAUGGAUUAAACUGGCGGCCUUGGUGGAGACUCUUCUCGGUAGCAACUGGCUGGCGGGACACAACCCUAGUAUCGACUGGGAUCAGCAGCGGAUAGUGUUUGGGGCCCCCCAAUGUGAGAGGCACGGCCGGGACAACAUACCCAGAGGCGAAGGGGGGGAUGCCGCUGCGAUUGAGGCACUCACGCUGCCCCCAGAAUAUAGUGACUUUGUGGAUUUGUUUGAGGGGACGGACUGUGACUUAUUACCCCCUCACCACAAGACGGUCUGUGCCAUAGAACUUACUAAAGACAUUAAGCCAUCCAAAGCCCGGGUCUAUCCCAUGGGCCCCCAAGAGAAGGCGGUACUGCGGGAAUUCCUGGACAAGAACUUGGAGCGGGGGUUCAUAUAG